AUGGACUUUUGCGACUACAGAGCGCCGAAUUUUCCUGGUCACUCGGCAUACCAGCGGGUUCACUCUCCUAGAGCAGAGUCCUCUUACGAUAGCGAACAAGAGUUCUCCCUAGACGGCCUUAACCUGUCCGAGGACAAAUGCACCGAGGACAUGUUCUUCUGCGCCAAGUCAUCAAGGAAACAGGGCCUACGAGAUAGCAACCGACGCGGUAUCAAGACCAAGUACCAGAAGCUCAACAACCCCCCAGUCAUUCCAAGAGCCCGACGCCCCGCCAUCGACGUUGCUUUGCGAAACCUCGACCACGAGUUGAACGCCUCGCUCAAGGUAUUCCAACCGCUCGUGCAAUGCUUCGAAGCCGACGUCGAGCCAAUCCGAGGCUGGGCUGAGAACAUCACGCUCGACAUAGUCUGGAGGAACAAGGUUAAGGAGAAGGACGCCGUGAAAGACGCCAUAGUCAUGAAGGAGGUAUGGGAGGGAAGACACGGCCUCGAGCGCCAAAUCCUGACAGCCAACAAGGCGAUUGUCUUCUGCGAUGGGAUCGUGGGCCUGGCCGGGAGAGCGGCGAGUGAGCGGCUCGCUUGCAAGCAGCUGGUGGUCGAGCUGGAGGAGGCAAGAUUGUUACUGAGCCGAAAGAAGCACGCAUGGAUUUGCCGGCGACAUGAGGAGGCGGAACAGCCCCGUGAAGAGAGGCGGGGGAGUUGGAACCAAGGCAACGGGGCAGAGGAGGAAGACGAGCAGGGCGGUUUGUUCGAUAACCCGGAGGGCCAGUCUCAGGAGCAUACAAGCGGUGACCAGGGCGGUUAUGACUAUUGA